GCUGCCGAGCGCUCUGUUUGGAGUUGGCCAUGACGGUCGUCGAGAGGCCGUACAAACACGUGCUUCAAAUGUUUUGAUUUUCGAACGUAGAAUAGACAGACAUUUACUAACCCGCGUUGUUGUGUUGUGUUUUUGUUUUUUGUAGUGCUUCUAUCCAAUAAUCGAAAUAUGUCAAGUUGACUUGAAAUUUCUGCUCUUCAACGUAUCAUUUUUUGUUAACAUGCCGUGGAUAAAAUCAUGCUUGUGCCAUCAAGAAAAGAAGAAGACCCCAACCAUCAGCCCACCGAUUCAUUUGUUAUUGAAGAUGCCUAAAAAACGAAAAGUUUGGAACAAGGAACAAAUGAUUUCAGCAAUUUUAGCUGUUCGGCAAGGCGGAAUGGGCUACAAGAAGAGUGCGCAGACCCACGGUAUACCUCAAACGACCUUAGAAAGGUACGUAAAGAUGAAGGGAGCGCCUGAAGACAUUGUGAAUUAUUCGUUAGGGAGAUAGACAUCAUAAACUGGUUUAGGCUCAACCCAGGACGUGUUGUAUCAGGCUAUCAGGUGGGAGAACUUUUUGAGAAAGCCUAUAUAAAAGCGGCCACCGUGGAUACAGCUAUAAACGGGUUUAGAAAAACUGGAAUGUUUCUCCCUGAUAGAAACGCAUUCAAAGAAUAUGAUUUUGUGGCAGAAAUGCAAGGAGCAAUUAAUGAAGAAAGAGUAGAAACAGAAACAACGUAUGAAGAAAAAGUAGAGGAAGACACAGUAGAGGAAGAACAAUUAGAAAACAACGAGCCAAAAGAAAAAACCCCUAAAAGACAAGUCUCCCCUCUAAGACAGCAAACCGCUGAGAGACGGGUUACCCCUGAGAAACAGAUUACCCCUGCAGUCUUGAUGUCUGUUCCAACUGCUUCAAAAGUUAUUAUUGAAAAAAGGAUCACAAAAUGUGGAAAAGCUGCCGUUGUAACUAGCACUCCAUACAAAGAGGAAAUAGAGGCCAGUAUAGAAAAAAGAAAUUUACCUUCAAAUUCGGGCGUCAAAAGAAAGAUUGAGGAUUCAAAACCAAGUCAGCAGAAAAAAAUUAAACAUAACCGAAAGAAAAAGAUACAGUCAGUUGCUAUAGAAAAAGCAAACAAACGCAAGUUGGUGUCCUGGAGUUUCAGAUUCGGACCAACAGGUAGAAAACUUUGAAGAAGAUGCUAUUCGUAUUUUUUGCGAAAAUCCGUACUUCGAAGAUGUCAAAGGCGAAGAGUGUGUCAAAGCUGCUUCAAAUGGGCUCAUGUUGAAUGUGCUAAUUGUGAAAGAAAUCCAUUUAUUUGUGACUUUUGCAUUUCUAAAUAACUUGUUCUAA